UAGACAAGACGCGGCGCGCCGAGAAACUGACGUGUUUUGCGCAUUUCCUGCAGCAGCGUUUAGACGGUCGGGGGGGAGAAGAGGUAGGUCUGCAGGAAACCAAGAACAGCAACGGCGAGAGAACAUCCUGGGAGGAUAAGGAGCGAACAGAAACCAAGAAAACCACAACCUAGAGUCGACCUGCAACUAUACAUUGCUUGAGCUAUUCACAAGUCGAGUAGCCUGUUUGGGAAACAUCCCAAAUGCACUGCAAGGAGGGCAGGAGUCGCCCUAUCUUCCAACAGUGGAAUACGAGUGUUUCCAGAGCCUAGUGGAGUUGCAGAGGAUAGAUAUCUUUGAUAGAUUUUGCUCUGUCGGGUUGCGGUUUGGGUAGGCUGUUGAUAUCCCAACUGCUGCAUGGUCAUAUUUUUCCUGCGUAUACGCUUCUCAAAACGUGUAUUAAUUAUAUUCAAAAGAAAGGCUUUGUCUGGUUAAAACCCAAAUGUGGAUUAUCAUUGUGAAAACCGAAACUGUUAAAGGGCAAAAACAAGAACAUUUACUGUCUCUGGACUGUUUCAAAACGACUGAUAAGCAUCCGAUUGGUACGUGUGUGAUAGAGUGACACGGGACGGCAUUUUCCCCUUAUAUUCAAGUCACAACCUCUUUGAAAAACCAUUCAGUCCGUGGUCUUAUUUUGAGGAUUCAAACGCUACAUAAAACUAGGCUAAAUUAUUUAUGACCCGUUGAAGUGGCUGGGUUAAAGGAAUAUAUUGUAAACAACCAUUCUUGUUCCAAAGCCCAUUGAAGAGGAUUACAUCACCGCAAUGGUGGUUUUCAAUGGGUUAUUGAAGAUCAAGAUUUGUGAGGCGUUGGACUUGAAACCGACGGCUUGGUCUCUCAGGCAUGCGGUUGGCCCAAAAACCCAGACUUUUCUCCUAGACACCUACAUCGCACUAAACGUGGAUGACUCGCGUGUGGGCCAAACCUCCACCAAACAGAAAACCAACAGCCCUGCGUGGAACGACGAGUUCGUUACGGAGGUGCAUGACGGAAGGAAAAUCGAACUGUCGGUGUUUCACGACGCGCCAAUUGGAUAUGACGAUUUCGUGGCUAACUGCAUCAUACAGUUUGAAGAUAUAUUGCAGAAUGGCAGUAAGCACUACGAGGAAUGGAUUGACUUGGAGCCUGAGGGGAGGGUGUACGUCAUCAUGGACCUGUCUGGAUCGUCUAGUGAAGCUCCAGGCUCCAGUGAGAAUGCAGAGGAGCGUGUGUUUCGGGAGCGCAUGCGGCCAAGGAAGAGGCAGGGUGCUGUACGAAGGAGGGUCCAUCAGGUCAACGGACACAAGUUCAUGGCCACAUACCUACGACAGCCUACCUACUGCUCCCACUGCAGAGACUUUAUAUGGGGUGUGAUCGGGAAACAGGGCUACCAGUGUCAAGUGUGCACGUGUGUAGUCCAUAAGCGAUGCCACGAGCUCAUCAUCACAAAGUGUGCUGGGAUGAAGAAAGACAAGGAGGACACUACACCAGAGGAGGUUGGAUCCCAGCGGUUCAGUGUUAAUAUGCCUCAUAAGUUUGGUAUUCACAACUUCAAAGUCCUAACCUUCUGUGACCACUGUGGAUCACUAUUGUGGGGCCUGCUCAGACAAGGGCUGCAAUGCAAAGUCUGUAAGGUGAAUGUACACAGACGCUGUGAAAGUAACGUGGCCCCUAACUGUGGGGUGGACGCGAGGGGCAUCGCCAAGGUUCUGUCUGACCUGGGGGUCACACCAGACAAGAUCUCCAGCAGUGCCCAGAGGAGGAAAAAGAUAACCCAAGAACCCCAGCAGCCGUUACCAUGUACCCCCCAGACAGAGGAGGACCGAUCCAAAUCGGCCCCCACCUCCCCAUGUGACCAAGAUCUGAAAGAGUUGGAGAACAUCCGCAAGGCGCUGUCGUUUGAGCAACGUGGACAGGAACACAAGUCAGCCUCGUCCUCCUCUUCCAGCAGGGUGGGGGUGGGCUCAGAGGUGGGCGAGGCCCGAGAGAACGGAGAACUCAAGAUCAUCCAGACCAAGAGGAUGACCCUGCAGGACUUCCUCUUCAUCAAGGUCCUGGGCAAAGGCAGCUUCGGAAAGGUGAUGCUGGCUGAGCUGAAAGGGACAGAUGAAGUGUAUGCUGUGAAGGUGCUGAAGAAAGACGUGAUCCUGCAGGAUGAUGAUGUGGACUGUACCCUGACAGAGAAACGCAUCCUGGCCCUGGCUAGGAAACACCCCUACCUGACCCAGCUCUUCUGCUGCUUCCAGACCAAGGACCGUCUGUUCUUUGUGAUGGAGUACGUGAACGGAGGAGACCUUAUGUUCCAGAUCCAGCGUUCCAGGAAGUUUGACGAGGCGCGCUCUCGCUUCUAUGCCGCCGAGGUCACGUCUGCCCUCAUGUUCCUUCACCAACAUGGAGUAAUCUACAGAGAUCUGAAAUUGGAUAACAUCCUAUUGGAUGCAAAUGGCCACUGUAAGCUGGCUGACUUUGGCAUGUGUAAGGAGGGGAUCCUCAACGGAGUCACCACCACCACCUUCUGCGGGACCCCUGACUACAUCGCUCCUGAGAUCCUACAGGAGCUAGAAUAUGGCCCCUCUGUGGACUGGUGGGCUCUGGGGGUGCUUAUGUACGAGAUGAUGGCGGGCCAGCCCCCCUUUGAGGCUGACAAUGAGGAUGACCUGUUUGAGUCCAUUCUCCACGAUGAUGUCCUCUACCCAGUGUGGCUAAGCAAGGAGGCAGUCUCCAUCCUGAAAGCGUUCAUGACGAAGAGUCCAAACAAGCGUCUGGGCUGUGUGAUCACCCAGGGUUUGGAGGAGGCCAUCAAGGUUCAUCCCUUCUUCAAGGAGAUCGACUGGGUUCUGCUGGAGCAGAAGAGGGUCAAACCACCCUUCAAACCUCGCAUUAAAACCAAAAGGGACGUGAACAACUUUGACCAGGACUUCACUCGCGAGGAGCCUGUCCUCACCCCUGUAGAAGACGCCAUUAUUAAGCAGAUUAACCAAGAUGAGUUCAAGGGUUUCUCCUACUUUGGAGGGGAGGAGACUCUGUCCUAAGGCCUGCACACACACACACACACACAUACAGAUGCUGUCUGCCUCAUCUUUGUGUUUAUGCACGCACACCAACACACACGCAUGCAUGUAUAGACACACAUACAUGUAUAUGCAGAAACACUGACAUACACACUCGCAUUCACGAACACACACACACACAUACAUAUAUUCUCACAUACAGACAUCCAGAAAUAUACUGUACAAUACACACAGAGUAAAUUAUUACAUUCACGCACUCAUACAACACUCCGGCCAUUAGGGCCUCUGAUUAGUAACAACUCCAAAACAUAAACCUGAUCAUCUACAGCGCUGUACCAGUAUAUUUUUCUGUCUGUCCAUCAGUGCAUGUUUUUUAUGUUAAAAAUCGAUGUAAUUUGAGAGUAGGUCAUAUAGGAAGCCCAUCUGCUUUAUUAUCAAGUUCCUAUUGGCUGGUCCAGAUCACUCCUGAUCCAAUCAGAGCGGUAAAAAAAAAAACUCAUUGUGGUGGUGGGUGGCCAAUGGAUUGGCCUCCUGAGACUGAAUAUAGCCUGGCCCUUGGCCCGGGCUGAUAACAGUGAUGAAAGCUCCUCACAGUCCUGCCCCAGAUUAUGUCACAAGGCCCUUUCCAGUGGACUAUGAAAUGAACAGGGAAUGUUUGUGUGACGGUGUCAACUUUAUGUGUAUAUAAGGAUUAAAAGGUCAGGGGUUAUGUGUGCUUUGGGUAGGGGUCUUGUUCGACAAGGUCUUCGUACGAUAGGUCAUACUUUCAACUGUUUCGACAAAUAUCCUAGUUCCUCAGUGAGUAUAUGACACUGAAACAAUGAUAUUAUUAUAUUAAUCUGUAAUUUCUCAAGCUGUCCUUUAAGUCUCUCGAUGUACUAGAAUCUCCUCUGUCGUGUUUGAAUGCGAAAAACCAAAUCCUUAGAACCAAUGAUUGUAUUUAAAAAAGCUAUAUAAAAAAGCGAUUGGUUCACAGUAUCAAUAAAAAAGAGAAGCCUGUAACUAUUGAUACUGUUUCAAAGUUUCCUCACGAUCAAAACAACGGCAGAAUUAGAAUGAGUCCAUGUAUAGUACAUCAAAUGCCUUUUGUGUGUAACUGCGAACCAGUUACGUAUUGUAGAUAUGCCCACAGUGUUAUGGUAGUCUAGAUUCAUAUAUUCCAAAUGAAUGCCAUGGGUUUCAAUGUGGAAGAAUGUGCUUGUAUGCAUGAGUGAUCGUGGGGAUACAACUGAAUGUAUCGCAUCUGUUUGCGUGCACGUGUGUGUGUGUGUCUGUUAGUAUACUGCGAGAUAGUAGUUUGUGCGAGUUUGUUUUUGAGUGUGCGAUAUAGGCAGUGGGUUCAUGAGAAUGGCCCUUUUGAAGCUUUUUACAUUUCAUUGGGUCGGUUUUAUUUCAUUGUGUGUUUUAUUUCAUUAUGUUUGAUUUGUCGUGAUUUUACUGGAUUGUCUUGUUGCUCAGAGUUUGAAAUCCUGGAUUUCCCUGCUAUGCAACAAGACUCACAAUCAUGUGGGUGAAGGCAUCACCAGAUAGCCGUGUCUUUCCCUCUGUACAGACCACCUUGUAUAUAGAAGCCUGUGGACUUCUUGGAGAAAUAGAGGUAUCAUCCUUUGCAUGGUCAUGCAUAUGAUAUUAUUGUGUAUUAUUAGAAUAUGAAAACGUUACAAUGUCCAUGUGCAAUAUUCUGUGUAUGUUUCUGUCUGUUUUUGCUUUCCUUUUCUUUCUUGCCGGGUGUCUUCACUGUUCUUCCCUCCGCUGACUCUUUGCUGUUGUUCUGUUUGGUUUUUACAUAUAUAUGCAUGGCUGUUUUCAUUUGCCUGUCCUCAACUCAGCUGAGAGCCAUGUCUAUGUGCUUCCUUCAGAAUGCUCCAUCAAACCACCCCACCACCCCUUUCCCUGCCCUCUCUCCUUAACUCUCUUUGAAAAGGUCAACAUUUCCUAUAGCAUAUCUCUUUAAAACAUCAAUGUAACCAAAGGUAGCAAAGCUAUUGGAUUAAUUCAUUUUAUGGAAACCAUUGACCUUCUUAAUGCACUCAUGCCUAAUAACUCUCUGACCAGUAUAUGGUUUAUUGCAGGCCUACACCAAAUCAAGGUAAAGUCCAAUCUACUCUCAAAUUCUAUCAAUAACCAUGUUGCUUUGUUUCAAUACUGCAAGUAGUACAUUCCAUUUUGGAGUAGAAACUUUAAAGUAACGUUUGAAAUUUGGAGUGAUAGUAGUAGGACUAUUUGCAAUUGAAGAGGCAGGGGUGGCACUGUGGUAGUGAAAGUAGCAGUACUGUAGAAGGAGCCGUAGCAUUUGUUAUUGUAGUAGUAGUUUUAGUAGUGUAGAUGUAGUAUUAUUAGUAGCAUGUAUAAUAGUGCUAGCUCUACUAGCAGUAGCAGUUAUGGUAUGGGGAGCAGGAGUAACUGUAGCAACAGUGGUAGUAACAGUAGUAACAGUAGUAAUAGUGGACAGUAUCAUGGCGUCAACUGUCAACGCAAUACUGAUCAAGCAGUAUUUAAAAGGCUUUAAACAUGCCUCUCAUACUAGAUCCUGAAAAUGCUUAACGCCCCCCCAGCACACACACCACUGCAUGUAGGCCUUUCAUACACCUAAAGCGCCCAUGCAUUUGACACGUAGGAACCUGUGUCAAUGGAUCACAUGAUCCCCCUCUGUUACCCAGUUAGUGCAUAGCAACAUGAGAACCGUGUUAAAGGAUCUGAAGGUGAAGAGGACAUUUGACAGACGUCACCAUUCAGGCUGGCACAAUGCUGUUUCCUUAUGCCAGUUUUUUAGGAUGUAACUGUUACAGUACUUGUCUCCCCUCGUAUAGCUCAUAUCUACCCUCUUCUCUCUGUCUGUAUCGUGUCCUUUAAUUUAAUUUACCUGUCUCUUUGGUUUACAGUCUCUCUGUUUUGUCUGUGCUUCUCGAUGUUAGGCCUCUUAUGUUUGUGUUUUGUAAGAUGACGGAUCCCUGUCCUAGGGUGGCCCUGCAGGUCCAAAAUCCUCCAUGCCAAAUGCUAACUCCAAUUGUCCAUCCUCCUUCUUUUAUUUUGACUUUUUAAACUGUCUGUAAUAGGAAGAAGAAAAGAACAGCACAUAGGAAACCCAUUUGGUCUGUUGUAAAGUCAUUGAACCAGUAACGCUCAAUAAGUAUAAUAUACUGUACAUGGCUGGAGAAGUACCUCUUAAAUUGUGUGUAAAAAUAUGUCUGGCUGAGUAUUAUGUAUUUUUUUACAUACAGUAGAAUAAAACAUACAGACAUAUGAAUUAUAUUACUGUAUGUACCUCUAUAUUUAGGAUUGGUUUCCCGGACCCAAAUUAAGACUACUUCUGGACUAAAAAGCAUGUUCAAUAAAGAAUAUCUAUUGAAAUUGCUUUUUAAACCAGGACAAGGCUUAUUUCUGGGUCUGGGUAACCGGAUUUAAUUUUCGGUUUCUGUAUUGUGAAGCUUUAUAUGUACAAUUUGUCACCUGACUGAUGUUUUAUUUUGAAUUCCUUUGCCAUUUAUUAGUGUUAUGUCAUUGUAAGCAUUUUGCUGUGUGCCAAAUGUACUGUAUUCUAAAGGAUGUGAAUGUGUAUUGUUUGUUUUUGGAACCUAUUAAAUAUGAUGAUGUCAAAACAAA